ACCUCUUUUCAUUCGACAUACUAAAACAAGUAUGGCGAACCUCAUCUGUGUGGCUCUGUUGGUGGCCUCUACUCUGCUCGUCAAUGUGAACGGGUACGCGAUACAAGGACAGUGUCCAGCGGAUGAGACCGGCAAGCCCCACCAUCCAGGAGACGUAUGGAACAACGGCUGCUACACCUGCCAGUGUUACGCCGGGUACUACGCCUGCAACCAGGCGUUCCCUACCUGCGCGUACCCCGAAGGCUGUGUGAAGGUGUAUAACGAUGACGGCUGUGAGAUCAUGGCCGUGAUGGAGAACCAGGCUGACCAGGUCUGCGACCCGAUAGGCUGCUGGCAGGUCGGAAAGUGAGCUGGGAACAACAAAGCUGUUCAAGUGCCCCUCGAUGCGUUGCAAUAAAGCACAUGUAUCGAAGAA